CUACAUUUGACAAACAAAUACCAAACCAUCGUUGAGUAAAUACGCAGUAGUUAUUAGUUGGUCUUCACUCCCCAAGUCCCCAGUCUCAGAUUGAAGGAAGAAGAGAGAGGUUUCGAUAAUCGAGAAUGGGAGGAGCUGAGCACGGACAUGGUGAAGGAGCUCACGGGGAUUUCAGGAGCAAGGUGUGGAGUAUGUCGGGGGGGCCCUACUGUAGGCCCAAGCACUGGAAGCGCAACACCGCCAUAGCCAUGGCCGGCAUUUUCCUUAUCUGCAUCCCCAUCGCCAUGAAAUCCGCCGAGCUUGAGCAACGGCCACAUUAUCCUGUCCGGCCAAUUCCCUCGCAACUCUGGUGCAAAAACUUUGGAACUAAAGACUAUGAAUCCAUUAAGGACGUUAAGUGAAAGAACCAGUGGAGGUUGGCUAAACCAUAAUCUUGCACUUUGGGAAAGCACAAUCCUUGUAAUUUUUUAUUUCUAUUUUUAUUUGCAGUGAAAUAUCAUGAGCAGCCAUUUAGGACUUGCUGUUAGAGAUGUUUUUGAAAGUUGAAAAAUAACUCAUGGCUUGAGUUGUAUCUCAUUUUACUGUCAAUGACAAAUAAGUCGCUGACUCGUUUUGCUUGCUUUUCUUUAACAAAAUAUCCGUAUUUGUGAUGCUUGUUGCUGAAUUAUUGGCUUUAUCUCGAAUCCACCAGUC